AUGCCACCAAACUCCAAGAAUAAAAGAAGAAAAAACAAGUCCAAACAGCACACUAAGAAAAAUGGGAACUUGGAUCCUGAGCAACAUAUAAAUCCUGCACAUCUAGUAUCUCGAAUGGAACCAGAGCUGUAUCAUACGGAAUCGGAAUACCCAACUUCAAGAGUAAUAAAAAGAGCACCCAAUGGGGACGUCAUUGUAGAGCCAAUAAACAUGGACGAUGAUAAGAAUGAACGUGCGACGGAUCUUAGUGAAAACAAAGACAGCAAGGACUCAGCUUCUUUAGCUUUUACUCUUGAUUCUCACUGGGAAUCAUUAUCGCCGGAGGAGAAGAAGACUAUCCUGCGAAUUGAAAAAGAGGAAGUGUUUAAUGUAAUAAGGAAUUAUCAGGAUGAUCAUAGCUGCAGUUGUUCCGUUUGUGGACGCCGCCAUCUAGCAAUGGAUCAAGAAAUGGAGCGCAUUUACAACACUCUUUACGCCAUGGACAAAGAUAAAGAUCCUGAGACAAAUCCUGUCAAAUUUCACUUGGGAAUAAUAAAGGAAUUACAAAUCUCCAAGAACCAACAACAGAAUGAUUUACAUUCCGCGAAGGGUGAAGUUGUAAAAACUUUUCUUUCGUCAAGUACUGUUGAUUCCUUGAAAGAGGAAGUACUGCAUUUUAAGCAAAAGCAACUUUCUAAACAAGAACCAGUGCAUGAGGAAACAGCCGAUAGUACUUCAUUCCUUGAAGAAAAUUUGAACAAUGUACACAUCAACAAAACUGCAAGUACCAUUUCUACAAAUCUUGACUCUGUGAAUGAUGAAGAAUUGAAACAAAAAUACUCUAACUUUACAAAAACCUUUAUCUCAUCCCAUCCCAAAAUAGCGCAAGAGUACGUGCAGAAAAUGAUGAUGUAUCCAAAUAUAAGGGCAUUGACAGAUGAUUUAAUGAGUAAUAACGGGCAAGGUUUUCUAAAUGCAAUCGAAGACUUUGUGCAAGAUGAUCAAUUAUUAACACCAAAAAAAGAUGAUAGUGCGACUGACAAUAAAUCAUCUUACGCUGAUUUAACUGAUCCAAAAGAGUUUACGACAAUGCUACAUAGUGGGGAACCACUGACAGAGGAUGAAUAUGCCGACCUUCAGCGUAAUAUCGCCGAGAGGAUGACGAAUGCCUAUGACACGACAAGUAAGCAAUUCAAAGACGUGUCACAACUAGAGAAGGAGCUAUUUACACGAUUUAUGUCAGGAAAUGAUAAAAAAUAUUUUAGAGAACUGAUAAUUCAAUCCUUUAGAAAUAAAUUUGAUGGAGAAUUAGGCCCAUCUGUUCUGGCAGCGACUUUGAGUUCAUGCUUUUCAUCUCAAACAAAGGAUAACUCAAUUGACACAGAUUCCAUAUAUGAAGAUGAAGAAGAGGAAGAUUAUGACUAUUCAGAAUAUGCUGAAGAUAGUGAAGAGGUAUCUGAGUAUGAAGAAGUAGAGGAAGAAAAAAGAUUUUCACAUUAUGAUGACAAAAAUAACGAAGUACGUGACACGUUGCAUUUAAGCGACGAUCACGAACAUAAAGGACAAAAUCAUUCCUAUCAUCACUACCAUAAUGUGAGUACACACAGCGAGGAUGAAGUGAGUGAAGAAGAGUACAUUUCAGAUGUCGACUUACCUCGCGAUUCCCUUCAACAUUAUCGUGACGACGAUGGCAUACUGGACGAAGAUGAAGAUGACUUGGAGGGAAGGGAUGAAAACGAAGAACAAGACGAGGAGGACGAAGAGGAAGAUGCAUAUGAUAGUGGUCUAGAUGAAACUGAUCGUCUAGAAGAAGGUCGCAAAUUGAUUCAGAUUGCCAUAACAAAAUUACUCCAAAGUAGAAUAAUGGCUUCGUACCAUGAGAAACAGGCAGAUAAUAACAGGCUUAAACUGCUGCAAGAACUGGAAGAAGAAAAAAGAAAAAAGAGAGAGAAAGAAGAGAAGAAGCAGAAAAAAAGAGAGAAAGAGAAAGAAAAGAAGAAAUUACAGCAGUUAGCCAAAGAGGAAGAAAAGCGAAAAAGAGAAGAAGAAAAAGAGAGGCUAAAAAAGGAACUGGAGGAGCGGGAAAUGAAAAGACGAGAAGCUCAAAGGAAAAAGGUUGAAGAAGCUAAACGAAAGAAGGACGAAGAAAGAAAACGCAGGUUGGAAGAGCAACAACGAAGAGAGGAAAUGCAAGAAAAACAGCGCAAGCAAAGAGAGGAGCAAAAACGCAAGAGAGAAGAGGAGAAAAAACGUAUCAGAGAACAGAAAAGGCUGCAACAAGAAAAGCUACAGAGGGAAAAGGAAGAGGAGGAAAAAAAAAGGAUAGUUACCGAGGACAAGCUAAGGAAGCAAAAACUGAGUGAAGAACAGAUAUCUGCAAACGUUUAUUCCUCGAACUUUUUUGCCGAAAAUGGAGUUUCCAAUUCCGCUUCAUCCCAAUUGCUUCCUAGUAUUAAUAGAUACCAGGAGGAGAGUAAUCGCAGUAUCAAUGAUGAGAUACUUAAAAUGGUUAAUAGCGUGGCGGCAUCCAAACCAGUUUCACCAACUGGUUUUAAUAUCCAUGAUUUGCUUCUUUCCUCGAAUGAUAAUCAGAUGGCGGCCAUAGAACAACCCCAGUUAUCUCAGCCAGCUAACAAAAACAACGCUUUUGGAAGUGCGACUAUCCCGAAUGCCGUAAAUUUUUCAACGAACUCUUCGUCACUGGCUGAAAACGACUAUUUGAUGAGGUCACAAACCCAACAAAACGGCAGUAUGUUGAUGCCCAACGGUUCAUCAUCAACCAAACUAUUGCCAAAUGACUUUGUAUUAUCAUCUUGGGGCGGCUCGACAAAUACACUCUCCACGAAUUCUGCAUGUAAACCACCGAAUAUUCAAGCGACAGGAUUGUCACCGCAAGUCCAACGGCUCAGUCCGCAACCAACUAUACCAACAUUCGGACUAUCUGAGGAUGGUACUCAUCGGAAGUCAUUUGCCGAGGAAUUAAACACCUUGACUAGCAUGCUCUCCUCUGCUGGGUUUGCGGAUACAUCGCUUUCAUCAUCAGGAUUCCCACAAUCACAGCGUUCUGUAUGGAACGACCAAAAAAGUUCAUUUUCUGGACCAACAACUGCCGGAAACUUCAACAAUAACAGCGUACAAAGUGGAAUGAUACUUCCAUCAACGAUGACAAACGCUGAAAUGCUGCCUCAUCGAACUUCUAUUUGGGACAACAGUUCCACCCCCAUGGCAAGCAAACCCGACGUAGCUGGUCACAAUAUGUCAAGUACUGCGCAAGAUAGUCCUGUGUUCAUGCCAUCGAACAUCUGGUCCAAUAAUAAUACAUAUAGUGAACCGUAUUUGACUGGCAACACUAAACCACCGUCGGGAAUUCCGCACGGCAUGGAUGAGAGCCAUAUUCUGGAUAGUAUCUACAAUACCUAUUUAACUAUUUCUCUGCCAGAUAGCUUAAAUCAGUACGUUGCCGUUGGGACACUUUUCCAAAGCUUAAUAGGAUUCAAUAUGGAUUACUCAACAUUCAUCCACAAGCUGAUAAGCAUGCAGGCAGCCUACAAUUGCGAGUUUUUCACUGAUCCCAACGGAACCAUUACUCACGUUCGGUUUGCUAGACAAAGUCCCACUAGUCACUCGAAGGGGUUGCUAAGCAAGCUCUUUAAUGACAUGAACGACCCCACUACGACACCUUUCACCUCAAGACCUCAUACUUCCACAACCGCAACUUUUCCAAUCACUCCUUCAACUACCCAAACAAGUUAA